AUGGACUAUGUGCUGGUGCGAGUCCCGCCCCCUCUGCCGGGAUUGCCCCGCCCCCGUUUCUCCCUCUACCUCUCCUCCCAGCUCCAAUAUGGUGUCAUCAUCGUCUUCCACCGCCAGUGUGGGAUGCUCCUGGGUAAGAGGGAGAGGAAGAGAGGGGGAGUCAUAGAAGAGGGGGAGUCAUAGAGGGGGAGUCAUAGAGGGAGAGGAAGAGAGGGGGAGUCAUAGAGGGAGAGGAAAAGAGGGGGAGGAAAGAGGGGGAGUCAUAGAGGGAGAGGAAAAGAGGGGAGUCAUAGAGGGAGGGGGGAGUCAUAGAGGGAGAGGAAAAGAGGGGGAGGAAAAGGAGGGGGAGUAUAGAGGGAGAGGAAGAGAGGGGGAAGUCAUAGAGGGAAAGGAAGAGAGGGGGAGUCAUAGAGGGAGAGGAAGAGAGGGGGAGUCGUAGAGGGAGAGGAAGAGGUGGGAGUCGUGUAGAGGGAGAGGAAAAGGGGGAGUCAUAGAGGGAGAGGAAGAGAGGGGGAGUCAUAGAGGGAGAGGGAGAGGAAGAGGGGGGGAGUCAUAGAGGGAGAGGAAAAGAGGGGGAGUCAUAGAGGGAGAGAGGAAAAGAGGGGGAGUCAUAGAGGGAGAGGAAGAGAGGGGGAGUCAUAGAGGGAGAAGAAAAGAGGGGGAGUCAUAGAGGGAGAAGAAGAGAGGGGGAGUCAUAGAGGGAGAAGGAGAGAGGGGGAGUCAGAGAAGGAGAGAGGGGGAGUCAUAGAGGGAAUGCGAGGGAGGGAGAGAGGGAAGGGGAAAGAGAGGGGGAGUGAGUAGGAAAAGAGAAGGUUGGAGAGAGGGAUGGUGCAGGUAGGGGAGAAUAGGAGGUGUGGAAAAGACAGUAGUGUGACAGUAGAGUUAUGACCUCUGACCUGUGGUGUGACACAAGAGUUAUGACCACUGACCUGUAGUGUGACAGGAGAGUUAUGACCUCUGACAUUAGGGUGACAGGAGAGUUAUGACCUCUGACCUGUAGUGUGACAGGAGAGUUAUGACCUCUGACCUAUAGUGUGACAGGAGAGUUAUGACCUCUGACCUAUAGUGUGACAGGAGAGUUAUGACCUCUGACCUAUAGUGUGACAGGAGAGUUAUGACCUCUGACCUAUAGUGUGUGUGUUUCCAGAGGAGAUCCAGCAAAUCCUGGACAGACUAGCCAAGACCAGAACCAUCCAGAAGAUCGACGUGGAUGAGCCUGACAGGUGGGUACAACAAACCCUGUUUCUCAACUCUCAUGUUCUUCCAGGGGGAGAGAGAGGCGUCUGGCGAGUGCGCUGACACAAAAUGGCUGCCAUGAAUUAGGAUCUCUCUCUCUCGCUCUCUUUCCCUCAGACACGCUCUUUCUCUUCCUGACGUGUUGUCUCUCCUGGAGGAAAGUGGGUGGGCCGCGCACCCCUUCUUUGGAGAAAUGCAUUCUGGGUACGCAAUACCCAGCCCCAAUACACUAAUACAGGUACAUCAGACAGUGGCUCAAAUUACUGUGUGUGUGUGUGUGUGUGUGUGGUAAAAUGACUGUGUUCUAUUGACACAUCUCGUCUUUCUCUGAUCUCUUGUUCUGUUCCUCUUCUUGUCUGUCAGCUGGGUGGAGAGAUUAGGAGAGAAGCCACUCCUGAGCGCCCCCUGCUUCUGAGUCCAGGAACUCCCCCUCAGGACGGUGAGAGAGGAGGGGGGAGUUUAAUACAUUAAGGGGAAUGGGAGUGGAGAAAAGGAAGAGUGGUCAUGAGUUAAAUGGUAAUCCAUUGGGUUUCCUUUAUUGUUGUUUAUGGUCUUAUCCCUCGUUCAUUCCCAGGUAUCACGGCGUCUCCAGACUCCAUCACUCUGAUAGAGACUGAACCCAUCACCAUCCCCUCAGCAGAGGUACACCUGUCAAUCAGUACAGCUGUCAAUCAAACUAACCUUCCAAUCAAACCAUCUCUCUCUCUCGCUGGCAGUUUGAAGGGGCGGAGCUCGCUGAGGUCACACAUCAAGACAUGGGGAUGAUUGACUUGCUGAUGGACCAGUUGGAUCACUUCCCAGAGGGUGAGUGACAGGUGAAUUCUACUCUGUCCCUGCCCCCUGUACACAGGGCAGCUGUAAAAAUGAGUCUGUGUUUCAGGAGUGAUGGAGACAGAGCGAGAGAGGGGCCCAGAGACAGAAGAGAGGCAGAGAGAAGGAGAAUCUGUGGGAGAAGGGGACUUGGAGAAAGUGAACAAGAAGUAGAAAGAGACAGAGAAGAAGAGACAGAGAGGACAAGAGAGCUGAUUGGAUCCCUUAUUGGGUAGGUUAAUGUAUACUGACACACUCACACACACACACACACACACACACACACACACACAGUAACUUUGGUUCCCGCUGUCUCCUCUGUCAGACUGCCGCCCACCACCCUAUCCAGCGAGGACCCCACAGUGCUGCCUGAUGAGGAGACAGAGUUGCUGCCCAUGGAGAUGCCUGCAGCGCUGGCAGAGGAGAGGACCCCAGUGUCUGUUCCUCUGCCCCCUUCCACACCCGGUGAACCAGAGGAGAGAGGGAUGGAUGGAGAGAGGGAGAGAUGGAGAGAUAGCCCCACCCUACAGGAUGUUACUCCCCCAAUGAAGCGACCUCGCAGGAGGCAGCUGCUCUUCAUCGACCAGAAAACACAGAUUACCCAGGAGGCACUGCAGCAACAGAUAGACAACACGCUCAUACAGACCAGGCCCCUGGUACACACACACACACACACACACACAAAUACAUACACACACACAUUUGAACUACAUUUACAUUUACAUUUACGUAAUUUAGCAGACACUCUUAUCCAGAGCGACUUACAAAUUGGUGCAUUCACCUUAUAGCCAACUAUACACCCAAAACUGUAAUCAUUUACAAGGUAUUCAUAAACAAGUUAAUCAGUUAGUGAAAGUGUGAGAGUAAUUAAGAUGUGUGUUCCAGGUUGUAAUCAGUGGUCUCUCUAAGAGAACAGUGUCUCCAGCUGAUCUCCUUGGUAACCCAUGCACCAGUGAGUAUCAACUCUCAUACUCUCUCUUUCUCACUGUUAAACAACCUUUAAUCAACACUGAAAUAACGUUAGGUCUCUAUUCCUCCUCAGCCCUCCCUCCAGAGCUGCUGUUGCCAUGGAAACAGGUGGCGGUCAUCACAGUGCUCACUGGCUCCGCCCUGCUGGUAGGGAGGACAGAGACAGACUCGGAGUCAGAGAGAGAGAGGGAUAGAGAGAGAGUGAUGGAGGCAGCGGAGGAGGGAGACAGAGAGCAGGAGGAAGAGCUCAGCUCAAAAGAGGUGAGGAGGGAUCAAACAGUUUUUUAGGUGACUACACAUGUGUGCAUCUAAAAACUGGACAAUGACGAUAUCGACAAUUAUCCCUGUGUGUGUAGGUACCUAGAGAGUUGGCAGAGUCAGGCCUGUCCCAGCCUGAUGUUUCCAGUAAGAUAUUACAAUACUGUAGUAUAAUUCCAUAGAUCAGUCAUAUGGCUGGGGGACUGCAAGAUGCUUGGUCAUCUUGCAGACAGUGCUCCCUCUCCAUCUCAAGAUAGAUGUUAACUCUGUGUGUUCCUCCAGCUCGGUCGCCGCUGUCCCUGGAGGGCUCUGAUAGAGACAUGUCCCGGGAGAACUCCCCCCUGGACAUACCCGAGAGCAGAGGGUGAGAGGAGAGGGAGGAGAAGAGGGGGAGGGGGGAGGAAGGGAGUUGUAUAUUGUGUGCAACUGGUAGUUACAUACAGUUGACACAUGAUAAUGUCAUAUUGUGUUGUGUUCAGGUCUCCUGUCCCCAGGUCUGUGUCCAAACUGAUGGACAUUCCAGAGGAGGGCGAGGGACCGCUGGAGAGAGAGGCAGAGCACAUACCCCUGGCUGACCUAUCAGCAGAGCUACUGGAGUAA